CUGACGAAUUAUUCUGCGAUGACGUUGUGCGCGGCUCCAGGCUACGCCGGGCUGCAUGCGCGCCCCGGUCGCUGCGCUAGCCGGCCUGGAACUGCCCUGGAGCGUCUCGUGGCCUUCUCGAACACCCGCCAAGCGCCGGACGGCUUCUAUCGCGCCUGACGACGCUCCUGUGCACUGCAGAGCACCGCUGGCAUCUAUCUUCGUGCGCAGCCGGUGUUGCGCGUCUGACCGUCAGCGCGCACGCAUCCCGAGAGAAGGCGCUCCCUGCGGCGCGCUCGUGAAACGUUGCACCGAGCUCCGGGCUGCCAGGCUGCCGCCCGCCCUGUCCAAGACACCGACCUGCGUUGCACCGCCUUCAAGCAGCCACCUUUCCAUCUCCGCCAGUACGCCUGCGCGAGCCCGACGACGCCAUAUUCCCAUGAUACCACCGCGUUGACAGCCCAGCAUGGCUUCGACUGUGGGGUGGGCCAUCGCCGAGAUCCUCAGUACGCGCCCCGACCCCCAACAGAACAUCCACCCCCAGGACAACCAAGCUGACCAUAUGC